UGUGCGAACUCCUCGCGGCAUUUUCAAAAUGUCAACGUCAGUCGGAGAGUGAUGAAAUCUGUCUCUAGUUUAUUUCCCUUUAAAAAUGCUUUUAUUUUGCCCUACGUGCGGUAACCUUUUGCUAGUUGAAGAAAAUACCGAUUGUCUAAGGUUCUCCUGCAAUACUUGCCCAUAUAUUUGCAAUAUCAACAGAAAAAUCACAACAAGGACAUAUCCAAAGUUGAAGGAAGUUGAUCAUGUUAUGGGCGGUGCUGCUGCAUGGGAGAAUGUAGAUUCGACCGAUGCUGAAUGCCCGGCUUGUUCCCAUAAACGAGCGUACUUUAUGCAAAUGCAAACUCGAUCGGCUGAUGAACCCAUGACAACAUUUUACAAGUGUUGUAAUCAGCUUUGUGGACACAAUUGGCGCGACUAAUUCGUUAGAAGUAGAUUAUGAAGCGGAUAGGAGGUCU